CCUCAGUAUUAUAGGGUGCGGUGAAGCUUUUCUCCCUAGAACCCUGUCGCGCGUUUGUCCAAAAAAGAAAGGGCCUGGUGCGGCAUAUUCUCCUUGCCGUCGAUAUAAUGUUCGGCUCCAUCCUCCGUGCUGUCGUCUCGCGGCCUCGAGUCAUCGCUUGUGUCCCCCGUGUCGCGACCGCCAGCCGAACCGCCAGAUUCCAGCCCUUCUCGACGACCAUCGUAACCAUGGCAGACAUGAAUGACGGCGCUUUCAAGCACGACGCCACCGUGCCCCCAUCCAGCAACCGUGUGCUGCCCUUGUUCUCCCUCAAGGGCAAGACGGCCAUCGUCUCUGGCGCGGGCGCCGGCAUUGGCCUGCAAAUCGCCCACGCCUACGCCGAGGCCGGUGCCAACGUCGCCAUCUGGUACAACAGCAACAAGAAGGCUCUGGACCGCGCUGCCGAGAUCGAGAAGGAGUACGGUGUCAAAUGCAAGGCGUACCAGGUCAAUGUCACCUCCCACCAGGAGAUCCAGGAGUCCGUCCAGCAGAUUGUGUCUGAAUUUAACGGACGUCUUGAUAUCUUCGUUGCCAACUCGGGCAUUGCAUGGGAAGAAGGCCCCUUGAUCGACGGCCCAAUGGAUGUCGCUGACAGAGUCAUGGCCGUCAACGUCAACGGCACCAUCUACUGCGCCCAGGUUGCCGGUGAGCACUUCCGCCGCCAGAAGAAGGAGGGCACGACGCUCGACGGUAAGAAGCUCGAGGGCUUCACCUACGGCAGCUUCAUCGCGACGGCCAGCAUGAGUGCCCACAUCGUCAAUGUGCCGCAGUCGCAGUCGGUGUACAAUUCGUCCAAGGCGGCCGUCAUCCACCUGUGCAAGAGUUUGGCCGUCGAAUGGGUUGGUUUUGCCCGCGUCAAUACAGUCUCGCCCGGAUACAUCAAGACGGAGAUUUCGGCUUUCGCCGGAGCCGAGGCCAAGAAGCAAUGGAAGGAUAAGACUCCCAUGGGACGCGAGGGAGAACCCGGCGAGCUCAAGGGCGCGUAUCUUUACCUCGCCUCGGAUGCGGCCUCGUACACCACCGGUUGCGAUCUGGUCGUCGACGGAGGAUACUGCUUGCCUUGAAGAAACGGAGGAUGAUACCCCUUAGAGAUGGAGGAUGAUGGAGAACGCCAUGGCGGCGACCCUGCAAGGCCUUCCUGGAUGCUACUUGGUGGGCCGAAAAGCUGAGCAAGAACUUUUGGUUGUUAGUCGGAUCGUCGGCUCAGAGGCUGUAGCGACAGUUGAACACGAGCCAUGUCGAGGGCGAGUUCGGAUUCAGAAGUGGUCAGAAACUGACUGAAGACGCGAUCAAUUGGUAGUCGAUGAACUCCAGUACCUACAUAGAUAUGCGGAGGUAGGAGAGAAGCCAGAAGCACACGAUGGAUGACAACAGAGAUGAUCCAACCAACGCACAGCUUUCCUUGCUGUCCAGAAC